AUGGCGCAGUUGAGCAGAGCCAUGAGCUCAUCACUCGGCGCACGACCGCUGUCCCCCGAGGCCUACAACGUCAAGGAGCUGCCCGGCGACGAGCCCAACGAUGUCGUCUUCGAGAGCAAGUACGGGCUCAGAACGGUGCUGCUGAACCGGCCGAAGAAGCUCAACUCCCUCAAUGGCUCCAUGAUCCGCAAGAUCGUCCCGCGGUUGAUUGAGUGGGAGAAGUCAGACAUGGCAAACGUCAUUGUCAUGAAGGGCGCGGGCGAGAAGGCUCUUUGCGCUGGCGGUGAUGUUGCGGAACUGGCCAAGUACAACCAGGAGAGCCCUGACGGGUGGAAGAAAUCGGCGGAAUACUUUGCCCUUGAAUACCAGCUGGACCACUACAUUGCGACAUACCAGAAGCCCUACAUCGCCUUCAUGGACGGCAUCACAAUGGGCGGCGGCGUUGGCCUGAGCAUCCACGCGCCCUUCCGAAUCGCGACCGAGCGGACCAUGUUUGCCAUGCCCGAGACGACGAUUGGCUUUUUCCCCGAUGUCGGUGCAUCCUUUUUCCUGCCUCGGAUGAACGGCUCCAUCGGAACCUACCUCGCGCUGACAAGCGAUCGGCUCACGGGACCCAACGUCUUCUACAGCGGCAUUGCUACUCACUACCUACACUCGUCAAGUCUGCCGGAUCUCGAGGCACGUCUGGCGGAGCUGCGUUUCCGCGAUGAGGACCCUCUGCCUCGCAGACUCGAGCUCAUCAACGACACACUGGAGGAGUUCUGCACGGGUCUGCCAUACGACCAGGCCUUUUCGCUGAGCGGCGAGACACGACGAGCCAUCGACCGAUGCUUCAGCAAGAACAACGUGGAUGACAUCAUUGCUGCCUUGAAGGAAGAGCGGGGUCAGACCGAGGAGUGGGCGCAGAAGCAGCUGGCAACGCUCAAGAAGCGAUCGCCCACUGCCGUGCAUGUUGCCCUCAGGCAGAUGCGCGUCGGCGGCAAAUGGAGCAUCUCGGAGACGUUUGAGAAGGAGCAUCAGAUUGCCACCAAGUUCAUGCAGCACCACGACUUCACCGAGGGUGUGACGGCGCUGCUGGUGCGCAAGGAGGAUGCCAAGUGGCAGCCCGCGUCCCUCGAGGACAUCCCCGCGAGCGAGAACGUUGCCAAGCCGUUCUUCACCUUUGACAAGGACGCCGGACUUAAGCUCUUCACCGACCGAACAUACUCCGAGUACCCCUACGCCGUGCUCGGUGUGCCGACCGAGAGGGAGAUUCAGGCCAUCGUGUCCAGCACCUCUCUGACGCCGGCGGAGCUCGCCAAGCAGGUCAAGGCGUCGAGAAAGAACCGACAAGGCGUGGCCGAGGUUGUGGACGAGAUCAUCAGCCGUAAAGUCACUGUUGAUGAGCAGGGCAAGGCCAAGUGGGUGGCUGAUGAGGCGACAGCUACAAGUCGGCUAUGA